UUGAUGGUGAUGAUGGUGACUUUGGUUGUUGUGAUAGUUCUUGGUAACGCUUUGGUCAUUUUGGCGUUUAAAGUGGACAAAAGUUUGAGGAAACAAUGUAAUUACUACUUCCUGAAUUUGGCGAUUUCGGAUUUUCUUGUGGGGGCCUUCUGCAUUCCAGUCUACAUCCCGUACAUCCUCACAGGCAGAUGGACUCUGGGUCGAGGACUGUGUAAGCUGUGGCUGGUCAUGGACUACCUGCUUUGUUCUGCCUCUGUCUUCAACAUUGUUCUCAUCAGCUACGACCGCUUCCUGUCAGUCACCAGAGCAGUGAGUUACCGCGCCAGGCAGAGCAUGACUCAUCGAGCCAUAAUCAAGAUGAUUGCUGUCUGGGUGCUGGCCUUUGUCCUGUACGGCCCAGCCAUCAUAUUCUGGGAGCUGGUGGUGGGCAGGAGCCGCGUGCCACAGGACGAGUGCUUUGCCGAGUUCUAUUACUCUUGGUACUUCCUGCUGAGUGCCUCCAUGCUGGAGUUUUUCUCUCCUUUCAUCUCUGUGGCAUUCUUCAACCUCAGCAUUUACCUCAGCAUACGCAGGAGGAGGCUCCACAGCAGGGAGGCGCAGCUCCAACUUCAACUGAGCGAACAAGCCUCCGCCCAGGGGGAAAGUGUCCCCCUGUCCUACAACAUGGGAUUCGGGUUGAAACUGGCUGUAAGAGGCUCCAUUCACUCUCAGACCUCAUCUCCCAGUUUGGGUAAACUCGAUCCGUCGACCAGCAGGGCGGCCCAGCCCAGCCGUCUGUCCAGGGAUAAGAAAAUUGCUAAGUCCCUGGCUGUCAUAGUGUGUGUGUUUGCCAUCUGCUGGGCACCGUACACCCUACUGAUGAUCAUCCGUGCUGCCUGCAGAGGGCGGUGCAUCCAGCAUCACUGGUACGAGGUCACCUUCUGGCUCCUGUGGCUCAACUCUGCCAUUAACCCUUUCCUGUAUCCUCUUUGUCACAGCAGCUUCCGCAGGGCCUUCAGCAAGAUCCUGUGCCCAAGGAAGCGCACGACUCCUGCAUCAGCUGUGUUUCAGCCUGGACAGUGA